AUGACUACCGCCCACAGACCCACGUUUGACCCGGCUCGCGGCAAGGAUGCCCUCCGUGGGCCAGCCUACCACCAGCGCCUGCUCCCGGCGCAUAUGACCCUCAAAACCCGCCAACCGGGUCAGGGCGGUGUCGCGGAUGAGCAACGUGAUCUGCGCGCAGAGCUUCUCAAGGCCGAAGCCGCACACUUUGCCAAGAAGAAGGGCGUCCCCGUCCCCAACGACGAUGAUGACGAUGCGCCCACCACGGCGAAGCGGCAACUGGAAGAUGCACCGGCAGAAGAUGGCAUGGAAGAAGACGAGACACCGGAAGCGAAAAGACGUCGACUCAUAUUAGAAGAGGCACGGGACGUAGAUGCGGAUUCAGAUGGCUCUAGCAGCGAAAGCAGCGAUGAGGAGGAAGAUGACGACGACGAGGAAGACGAAACGGCUGAGCUGAUGCGCGAGCUGGAAAAGAUCAAGCGGGAGCGGGCCGAGCAAAAAGCCAGGGAGGAGGCUGAAAAGGCCGAGCAGGAACAGGAGGCCCGCGAAUUCGAAAUCGCCCGUGGCAACCCUCUACUCAAUCCUAAGGACUUCAACGUCAAGCGCCGCUGGGACGACGAUGUGGUCUUCAAGAACCAAGCACGCGGCGUCGAUGAUAAGAAGCCCAAGGAGUUCGUCAACGACCUUCUCCGCUCCGAUUUCCACAAGCGCUUCAUGAGCCGCUAUGUGCGAUAG